UGAUUGAUUAAAUUCCCUCGAUCUCACAAAAGGAAUACUGGAAAGCGAUUGAUCUACAAACUCGAUUUCCGACCAUGUUUCUUAAAUUCAUCGUACUUCUCACCACCUUUUUCAUAUGCCGAACAACGCUUGAUGCACAGGCUGCCGAUGUUCGUGCUGUUGAUUAUUCGGCGAAGGAGUUCCGCACAGAAGUAGCAAAAAAAGAUCAUUUUGUUAUGUUUUACACCUCAUGGUGCAUAUAUUCUACGGAACUGAUGCCGACGUGGGAUCAACUGGCUUCAAACUUCAACGUCAGUCAAAUACAAAUUGCCAAAAUCGACUGUGAUCGACAUCGUAGACUCUGCGGGCAAUACAGCGUUAAAGGAUACCCAACCCUCGUGUUCUUUAAGGCUGGCCUAAGCCAGGUUGACAAGUACAUGGGAAACCGGACGUUGAAAGACCUGAGGAUUUACAUCGAUGAGAAAGAGGAAUCAAGCAGCCGUGAAUCAUCUUAGUUCGAAUUUUGUAGAAAAAAACGUUGAAAUUGAUUAAUUACGGUAUAAUUAACGUAUAAAACAUUAUCGUAUCACAUGAGAUGAUGUUGACCAACUGCCAACAAGUAGAAGAGGCCAUAUACAGACUCGAUGCGCAGGUCAACCAAUCAUCCGUCGGUCUGCCUUUCCGUCCCAGAGUUUACUUUGGAAAUUUCAAACUCCACGUUCAUACAGUUUCGAACAUUGUGCAACCGACACGGCGAAUAUAUCAUCCUAAGAACUCUUAAUCUCGAAUAAUUAGUGCAUACUGUGUAUUAUUACGAAAAUUAUUUAUUGUCAGCCCAAAACUAUACUAUAGCAAGCAGCUAAAAAAAUUAUCCGAACCUGAAUAGUUUUAUUGAAGUACCAAU